AUGGCCGGAGUACUAGCAAUGGUGCAGAUAAUGUUGGAUCAACAGAUGGAAGAAACAAGGCGUUUACUUCAACAAAGUAAGGACGAACUUACUGUGCCAGUACGCCAGACACCCACUCUUGAGGCGACCAUCUGGGUUGCUAAGUCUGUUGAUGAAGUGAUCAACGGCAGUAUCACCAACAAGGUUGAUGUUGGAAAGAAGAGGAAAUUUGAGGGGUCUUCAAGGUCUGACAAGAACAACAUGUUCUCAAAGUUUGGAGGAGUAGGUGAAGCAAAAUGGUGUGACAAGUAUGGAAGAAAACACAACGGUAGAUGCCCUAAGGAAGUAACCUGCUUCAAAUGCGGGAAGACUGGUCACUAUGUCCACGAAUGCCCAAUUGAGGAAGGAGUUUGCUUUAAGUGUAGUAAAGAGGGACACUUCAAGCAAGAAUGUCCAAUGAGAGCUACAUAG